AUGAUACGAAGAGUUGAGAAACUUCCUGGUAUUCCCAAACGAACUUUCAAGGUCAGCCCGCGCCACAUAUUCAACCCAAUCGUCUACGACGACUACGAGACGGCAAAAGAGUCUCGACGCGAUAACCUACACCUUUAUCUGGAAUCUGGUCUUUACGGGGAUAUGCAGCGAGUCAAUGCCAUCUACCAUUCAAGCAACAGACCAGUCUUUCAGACGUUCCUAAAGCAGACAGUAUUCAAUUUCCUGUUCAACAAGAGGGCUAUCAACAUUCAGAAGUACUUCGAUGCGAAGAAGCUGCCGGGUCUGUUCAGUUACCCUUACUCGACCGACCAGUCUUGGGACAACCGCGGGCAAAUGGGCGAUAAGGCCAGAACCGUCAAGGGUCACCAAUUUGUCCCUCAAUGCAAACACCGUAACGAUCUCAACCAUGUGCCGGCUGUUGUCCAAUGUGUUGCUCAAGACGCGCUGUGGCCUGAGGAAAGAUCGGUCAAGAUCUACUCCCGCACAUUCCCUGGCUACUUUAUCAUCGGACUUGGUCGAACGAUGCUACUUGUCGUUCCUCUGACCCAGAAGUUCCGUACAGAGUAUACAGUCGCCUGGCGUCGUCUCACGAAGGAUGGUCUCCUGAAGGUUGUGCUCUUCGACUAA